AUGGGCCCUCAUUUCAAAUAUUUAAUUGCUUUACUUGUUUGCAUCGUUUUAAUUGGUUCAGUAAAUGCAUCACUUUUUGGAGGCAGUCGAUUCCUUUGGGCAUCAGCUAGAGAAAGGCAUUUACCAGCCUUCUUUUCUGUUAUAAAUAGAGAACACGACAGUCCUAGAGCUGCUCUUUUUGUUCAUGUUGUUCUGGCAAUGUUUCUCUCAUUUCUUGGCAAUUUAGAGGAAAUGAUUAGUUAUGUUGCCUUUACAGUUUGGAUAAUUCGUUCAAUUACAAUGCUCUGCCUUUUCAAUAUCCGUUUUAAUAUUUGUAAACGUCCAGUUCACGAAAAAGCAAUUCGUGUUCCUUUAAUUUUGCCAAUAAUAUUUGUGAUUGUUUGCCUUUCUUUGGUGUCUAUAACAAUUAUACAAAGUUUUAAAUCCUCAAUUGUUGGACUUUUAAUUUUGGCUAUUGGAUUGGCUAUUUAUAUUUUAUUUAUUUGGGAAAAGGCUUUUCAAAGAUUUGGAGUUUAUAGACGUUUAUCUAAUUAUAUUAAUCAUGUAACAUGCACUUUGGCACAACUCAUCUUUAAUGGCAACAUAGAAUUGCUUAUCACCCCUACCGUUAAUUUUAAUGAUUCGUUAAGUGAAAAAUUGAUGUAA